CCCUCUCUCUGCUCUCUCUCUCUCUCUCUCUCCAUGGGAAACAGGUUCUUGGCCUUGUCUAGGUGGGUUUUGAUAGUAGCACUUCUUGUUGGGUUAUCCGGAGAAACUUGUAACGCGAAAGACGACGGUACUGACUGUACCUCUUCCUGCGGCAAUAUCCACAACAUAAGCUAUCCUUUCCGACUAAAACAUGAUCCAAAGCACUGCGGCAAUAAAAGGUAUACUCUGUCCUGUGAGAACAACAUUACACUAGUAGACCUACCUCCUUCAGGAAAAUACUAUGUCCAGGCAAUCAACUACCACGACCAAACAAUCCGACUCGUAGAUCCUGGCCUCCAGAAAAACAAUUGCUCCUCCAUGCCUCAAAAUUUUCCACCUUUUUUAAGAGGUCCAUAUUAUGUAUCUGAUAUGCUUUCGACACCUGUAUUUUACAUCAAGUGUUCGAAUCCAGUGAAUUCUUCUGUGUACGUGGACACUGCUCCAUGCUUGAAUAUAAAUGCUUCUUCUUUGGUCCAACAAAAGACGUACAGUUAUGUGAAGGUUGGGGUUAUGAAAGUGGGGGAUUUGAAUGAGGGUUGCAGCGCAGAGUGGGUGGCUUUGGUGCUCUUCAACUACUAUCACUACAAUACCUCUUAUGAAUCCAUACACAGUGCCCUCAUGUAUGGCUUUGAUCUUAGUUUUUGGCCUUAUGAUGAAAAAAUAUGCAAACACAAAUGGAGGAAAUAUCAUACAUGUUAUCCACACACCAUCCCAGGUUUCUUUCGAUUUCUAGGCAAGGUUAUUUACGAAGGUUUAUUUUCUGAUGAAUGGUACGUUGGUUAUCGUCCAUGGUAUUUUCCGUUCACAACCACCAGUGAGAACAGUCGACGUAUAUGGGCGAUACUCAUUUGGUCCGGUAAGGGCUUGUAUAUAUUACCCUUGAAUGACAUCAAAGAAUACAUAUUUCUAAAACAAAACAACAACAAAAAUGUUGAAAGCGCAUUAGUUGAUCUAACCAAUAAAUUUUGUUUUCUCAUGAUUCUUUUUGGUGAUAUAUAUCUCUUGUCAGGUUAUCUUUUUCUAGCAAGACUAAUUUUGGGGGUUCUAUGUUUGAUUGCGUUCAUGAUCUAUAAAUGGCGAAGAAGACAUUUGUCGAGUUAUAGCAUCAUAGAAGAUUUUCUACAAAGUGAUAGCAACUUUUUGCCAAUAAGGUACUCUUACUCAGAAAUUAAAAAGAUGACAAGUAAAUUUAAGAAGAAGUUAGGUGAAGGCGGUUAUGGCUCUGUAUUCAAAGGGAAGUUGCGCAGUGGCCGUUUUGUAGCAAUUAAACUAUUGGGCAAGGCCAAAGGUAACGGGCAAGACUUCACAAGUGAGGUAGCUACCAUUGGAAGGAUUCACCAUGUUAAUGUGGUGCAACUUGUUGGUUAUUGUGUUGAGGGUUCGAAGCGCGCUUUAGUAUAUGAGUUCAUGCAAAAUGGAUCUCUUGAUAAAUACAUUUAUUCCAAAGAAGGGAGUAACUUGCUAAGUUACAAGAAAAUGUAUGAUAUUUCGCUUGGAGUAGCUCGAGGGAUUGAAUAUCUACAUCAUUGUUGUGACAUGCAAAUUUUACAUUUUGAUAUCAAGCCUCAUAACAUCCUUCUUGAUGAAAAUUUCGUUCCAAAGAUUUCUGACUUUGGGCUUGCGAUAUUCUAUCCUGCGUAUGACAGUAUUGUCUCGUUAACGGCAGCAAGGGGAACAAUGGGUUACAUGGCUCCUGAGUUGUUCUACAAAAAUAUUGGUGGCGUCUCAUACAAAGCUGAUGUCUAUAGCUUUGGAAUGCUAUUGAUGGAAAUGGGAAGCAAACGAAAGAAUUUAAAUGCACGUGCAGAGCAUUCAAGCCAAAUUUACUUCCCCUCAUGGGUGUACGAUCAGUAUAAGGAGGGAAAGGAGUUGGAGAUGGAGGAUAUAACAGAGGAAGAAAAGAAAAUCGUAAAAAAGAUGGUUAUAACUGCCUUGUGGUGUAUUCAAAUGAAACCAAGUGAUCGUCCGACAAUGAACGAAGUUAUAAAGAUGCUCGAAGGAGAUGUUGAAAGCCUACAAAUGCCUCCUAAGCCUUUUCUAUGCCCUCAAGAGAUGCCUGUAGAUAUUCAUGAUAAUUUGAACCAUACAUGUUCUAACGUAGAGGUGACAUGUACUCUGUCACCUAGGUGAUGAUGAGGUAGCAAC